GCCACAUGCCUAACACGUGGGUUGGAACUAAACAGGCAAGGCAAAGCUCAAAGCCUCGAAGUUGCCUUGGAAUUUCAAUUUCCCACUCUGAGAGCCUAGCUAGGCUAUGGAAAUCGAAGUUGAAGACCGCUCAAAACUUGUAGUGGAGAAAGGUCAAAAGGCCGUGUUUGGAAGAGGAAAUGGGUUCAACACCACAGACCGAACAGUCUCUCGCCGUCAUGUUUUGUUCGAACUCGAGCACAAAAACGCGACCCAAACAGAGCCCAGAAUCUCAUUCGAGGUUCUGGGGAGGAACCCCGUCUGGGUCCGGAGCCAGAAAGAUGGGGAAGUCAGGGUUUUCAGAAGGUCGGAGAAGGGUGAGCUGGCGGCCGGUGAUUGGCUCUGCGUGUCUGGGAAGAGACCCAUUUGGUUUAAAGUGAGAAAUGUUGGGGUUGAAGCGGAAGUUAAGAGGGUUUUGGAGAGUGAGAGUGAAAUGGCUGAGGGUUUGCUAAAUGGGUCUGAAUGGGGAGGUGUUGAUGUUUCAGGCAUUGACCCUGUUAAAGAGUUUGGUUUCGUUGUAAUGGGGAAUGAGUUUGAUCGGUAUCCCAAGCAAAUGAUUUGCGAUGUAAAGAACUGGAACUGGUUUCUUGAGGAACCUAGAAAAGAAAGCGACGAUGAUGAAUAUGAGGGAAAGGAAAGGAGGGGUCGGAGGAGAAAGAGGAAAAAAGGUGAAGAAAACGAUAAUGAAGAGUGGACAGGGGAUAGUGAAGCUGAUGAAGAGCUUGUUGCAAAACUUAGAAAGGUAAAUAAGCCUAAAUAUUCUACAAGAUCGAAGGCCCAUAGUGAACCUCAGAAAAAAGCAAAAGGUAGUAAACAUUCUGAUCAAAAGAAGACGGCUGCUGUGGAUGAAGAGGGCAUAAAAGACGAUGACAAAGAUGAAGACGAAGAUGAUGAAACACUUGGAGGCUUCAUUGUCGGCGAGGACGACUUGGAAGAAGAAGACCCUGAAGGAACUGAUGAAUAUGAAGAAGAGGAGGAAUUUGUUGAAGAAGAAGAAGAAGAAGAAGAUGAUGAUGAUGAUGAAUGAAUGAAUGAAGUAGAUGAUUGAUGCAUGCAGCAAAACAGUUUUGAUUUCUGAAUGUUGCAUAAGAUGUGUAGCUGCUGACACUUUUUGGUGAAAACUUAUUUUAACUUCCAACUUCUUGUAAUUAGUAGCUGUGUCUGUGUAGUACAGUAAAUCUGCUUUUGCUUUCUGUAGUCAAAAUAUGAAAAUAUAGCAUCA